AUGCUCAUACCACCACUUGCCCGCGCUGCCAGUCGGCCGGGCCUUCCACCCUCGAGCUUGGGCUUGCUCUUGCGCCCACAUCCUCUCUCCCACUCCGCUCGCGUCUUCACCUCCUCGCCCCUGCACAGGAAAGAUGUACACGGUCAACGGCCUGUACCAGGCUCGCAGCAAGUGCUGCAGGCUACCAAGGUCGCCAAACCUGCGACCGACCCCGCCAAAGCGAAGGCGAAGGUGGAGAAGUCGAUGGAUCCACUACUGGGGGAAAGGAACUUGAGCAACAAGGAACAGCGCAAGGCAGACUGGACCAUCAUAAAGGAGAUGACCAAAUAUCUAUGGCCCAAGGACAAUUAUGGCACGAGAUUCAGAGUUGGACUUAGUGUAGCUCUGCUACUGAGCGCAAAGCUGCUCAAUGUGCAAGUGCCCUUCUACUUCAAGAGCAUUGUGGACUCGAUGAACAUAGACUUUGCUGCUGUCGGAGGGACUGCGACUACUGUGGCGGGCUCCAUGAUCAUGGCAUAUGGCUUGACCAGAAUCGGCGCAACCGUCUCCCAAGAACUCCGUAAUGCCGUGUUUGCGAGUGUCGCACAGAAAGCCAUUCGCAAGGUAGCUUGCAGCGUAUACGAGCACUUGCUCCGGCUCGAUUUGAACUUCCACUUGACAAGGCAAACUGGAGGGUUGACACGAGCUAUCGAUCGUGGUACCAAGGGUAUCAGCUUCUUGUUGUCGUCUAUGGUCUUCCACAUAUUCCCUACAGCACUAGAGAUCUCGUUGGUCUGCGGAAUUUUGACCUACCAGUAUGGCUGGCAGUUCGCGCUAAUCACGAGCACCACGAUGGCGGCCUACGCGGCAUUCACUAUCCUGACUACUUCGUGGCGCACAAAGUUCAGGAAGCAGGCCAAUGCUGCAGACAACAAGGCUGCCACUGUCGCUGUCGACUCUCUGAUCAACUACGAAGCCGUGAAGUACUUCAACAACGAGAAGUACGAAGUCGGCCGCUACAACGCCGCCCUCACAGCGUACGAGAAAGCCUCAAUCAAAGUCGCUACCUCUCUUGCCUUCCUCAACACCGGCCAGAACAUCAUCUUCUCGUCUGCUUUGACCGCUAUGAUGUACCUUGCUUGCAACGGCGUUGCGCAAGGCACCAUGACCGUCGGUGACCUAGUAAUGGUGAACCAGCUGGUCUUCCAGCUCUCCGUCCCUCUGAACUUCCUCGGCUCCAUGUACCGCGAGCUACGCCAGUCGCUGUUGGACAUGGACACUUUGUUCAGCCUGCAAAAGACCAAUGUCGCUGUACAAGACAAGCCCGGCGCCAAACCCUUGCUCCUGACCAAGGGCGAAAUCAAAUUCGAAAACGUUUCCUUCGGAUACCGCCCCGACCGCCCCAUCCUCAAGAACCUGAACGUCACAAUCCCAGCAGGCAAGAAGAUCGCCGUCGUUGGUCCCUCCGGCUGCGGGAAAUCCACCAUCCUGCGCCUGCUCUUCAGAUACUACGACGCGCAGGAAGGUCGCAUUCUGAUCGAUGGUCAGGACAUCCGUGACGUAUCGCUCGAGAGCUUGCGCAAAGCGAUUGGCGUCGUCCCGCAGGAUACGCCUUUGUUCAACAAUACCAUCGGGCAUAAUAUCAAGUACGGCAAUAUGGAGGCGAGCGACGAGCAGAUCAUCCAAGCUGCAAAGCGUGCGCACGUGCAUGACACGAUCAGUUCGUUCCCUGAUGGGUACGACACCAUGGUCGGCGAGCGCGGAAUGAUGAUCAGUGGAGGCGAGAAGCAACGUCUCGCCGUCUCGCGACUCAUUCUGAAAGACCCUCCACUUUUGUUUUUCGACGAGGCGACAUCCGCACUCGACACACACACCGAGCAAGCCCUCCUCGCGCACAUCAACUCGCUCGUGCGUGAGAAGAAGCGUACCUCUGUCUUCAUCGCGCACCGACUGCGCACCAUCUACGACUCCGAUAUCAUCAUCGUACUCAAGGCAGGCGGCGUUGCGGAGCAGGGCACGCACCAGGAGCUCAUCGACAGAGAUGGGCUGUACAGCGAGCUUUGGAGUGCGCAGGAGACUAUGUUCACGGAGAAAGAUGACGAGGGGAAGGAGAAGAUGGACAAUGAGAAGGGGGCAAAAUAG